CGUUUUUCGGUUUUUCGUUUUUGUGUUAAACACCCCGGCAAUCAAUGUGUAUGGCUAACAAACGGCUGCGUUUACUUUUUUGUCCCGCCAGUUUGCUGCAAUCGCUGGCAAUUUGCUAGCCAUUUUUGUGGCGCAUAGUUUCCGCGUUUUUUGCCGGCCAUUUUCGCGCGCCACUUUUUUCGGAUCCGUUCGCUAUUGUUUUGGCGGCGUCGCGAAACGCCGCUAAGCCGAACCAAAUGCCACAUAAAUCAAAUGGCAUAAUUGUGCGUGUGUGACCAUCGUCCAGUUGCGUGUGUUCUGGUCGUGUUCUCAUCUACGGUCUCUGGAACAUUCGAACAAGUGGCCAGCCAUGCGAUAAUUAUCUUCAUCGGCUUAGCGAAAUCUUAAUAAAUGAAGUGCCAAACCAUUUGAUUACAACGUUUGCCGCUUAAUUCUUACGUUUACUCAGUUGAAGUUCUUACUUGAACAAACGAAGGGAAAUAAGUCACGAAGAUAAUAGAAUUUUCACUAACAGGAUAUCAAACAAAAAUAUAGCUGGCUAUGAAGGCAACAUCUAGCAGUAGUUGCAGCAGUGCCGCCAGCAGCAGCAAUCAUCCCGAACCCCUGGGUGGAUUUGGUGCUAGCACCUCAAAGCCACGCCACACGCUCAAAGUCUCAUUCGCACCGCUGGAUAUUGCCGGCCCGGCUGUAGCCACGUGAUACGCGAAUAUGCCGCACCACAACAUCGUCUGCGAGUGGUUGCGCACCAUCGGUCUGGUGCAGUAUGGCGAAAGUUUCCUGGAGAAUGGCUACGAUGAGCUGGAGAUCUGCAAGCAGAUUGGCGAAAUCGAUCUGGAUGCCAUUGGUGUGGAUAAUCUUUCGCAUCGCGGCAAACUCCUGAAAAGUGUGCGCAUGCUACGCGAGAAGGGUGCGGCAAUUGUCUAUGUCCUGAUCAAUGAUCCGAAGGCUCUGAGCAACAGCAAUGAGAUCCUUGCCUCGGAUUGUGACUCUCCGGUGACAAUGAAAGAGCUGGAAGCUGUAAUGAAGAGGCAUCUCGAAGCGGAUGGCAUUCGACUUACCGCACAUCCUUAUUCCACACCGGAGGGCAAACGUGGCUACUUGGAAGGACUUGCCGCACACUACAGCAAACAGAUCAAUAUGCCAUACGAGGAUGUUCUCGAUGCCAUCGAACAGGUGCGGCUAUCCAAAUGGAAGGAGCGUCAUGUGCGCAUCUCAACGGGGCAUACGCUAACACGUCGUAUGGGUGGAGGCUCCAGCGGAUCAAGUGCUACUAGUUCUGGUAGUGGUGGUGGUCUUGUUAGCUCUUCGGUAAUGCCAACCAGCCACAGUCAGCCACUUUAUGUGCCUGGCAAGUAUUUGCCAUCGAGUUGUCUGUCGAAUCGCGAGGAGAACGAGAUAUACAGCUACACGCAGAACGAUUUGGCCAAUCGUAUGGCUCGCAAUGCCAUCGACUCCAAGUCGGCAUUGAAUCUGAAUGGCAUGCAGCACAGUUAUCCGGGAGCGCGAACCAAUUUCUUUUACGACUUUUCGGCAACAGAGGGUCGAAAUAAACACAAACAGAGGCGCACGGUAUUUGCCCGUUUCCUGCAGGGAUUGAGGCAAAGUGGCGACGAGCUCAACGCAACUGAAGGCAUGCAAUUGAAGACCAACGAACGUUUGAGGGGUUGCAGUACUAUGAAACGACCAGAACCACAUCAAGACUUUGAAAAGACAAUUCAAAGGCUUAAGACCCAGAAAGCUGCCGCCCAAAAGAAACCAGCUAGUGCACCCAUGGACAUUGCCAUACACGAACGUGCCAAGGAAGUGGCCCACACCCAUGUCAACGAGAUGCCAUUGAACAAUUAUACAAAGCAUCCCUAGGAUACGGCCAUCAGCAUUGAUGCUGCAUAAGAUUUACACAUUUAAGACAACGAUUAAGUCUAAGUACAUUAUUCUAUACACAUGCAUAUAUAUACAUACAUAUAUCUAAAUAUUAUAUAGUUCUAGGAUCGCGUGAUACACAUGUUAAAGCAAGCAAAACGAAUUUACUUAAGAGAUGAAGCGCAGUUAUAACAAACAAAAGUAGUAGUUUAUAGGUUUAAAAGUGAUAUCUUACAUAAAUUACAUGAAUAUAAAAAUGAAAAUAAGCCAAACCAAUACAACCAAUGCAACAGUCCACAAUACAAAUAGCAA